ACGGCCCCAUUAAGGGAUGACAGCUUCAGAGAGAAGAGGGCAGCAGCGCUGAGGUCCCUCCCAGAGCCGGCGAGGCACACCGGAGCGCUCGCGCCGCAAGGUCACCCCCCGGCUGGCCGCGGGCGGCUCUCCUCUGCAUUGGUCUGCUGGGGAGGGCGGGCGGGCGGGCGGGCGGGCGGGAGGGAGGGGUGGUGGUGGAUGGGGGCUGGGGUGGGGUGGGGUGGGGUGGGGGAGAGAGGGAGAGGGAGCGCAUCUGGGCUGUCUCGAAGAGACGAGCAGGAUGGAAACCAGGAAGGAGAUGGUGAUGUUUCUGGAAGGGAGUCCUCUCGGCGCUCUGGUCGGCAAGAGGGCGCCCGCGGUGGCCGAGAGCCCAGGCCAGGAACCUCCGGACAAGAUGAUCCGCCGCAGCUGCCUCAGCCCCCGCUUCGGCGCCUUGUCCUCCCGAGAGAGAGGAGGGGGCAGGCUGGAAGAGGCGGAGGAGGAGGAAGAUGAGGAAGAGGUGGAGGUGCUGCCGGGGACAGGGACGGUGCCGGAGAGCCGCUCUGCCGCCGCGCUCCUCUCGGCCGGCCAGCCCGCCCCCCUCCCCCACCCGGCCGCCGCCAAGGGCCAGCAGAGCAGCUCGGACACCGAGUCGGAUUUCUACGAGGAGAUCGAGGUGAGCUGCACCCCGGACUGCGCCACCGGCAACGCCGACUACCACCAGCACAGCAAAGGGCAGAGCUCGGACACGUCGGCAGGCAGCCCCGGCAGCGGAGGGGACACACCUAAAGGCGGUGGCAGCGGCAGUGGCGGCGGCGGCGGUUCUCAAGGGCCGCUGACCUGCAGCGCCAGCGACCAGAUGCGCCGCUACCGCACGGCUUUCACCCGCGAGCAAAUCGCCCGCUUGGAGAAGGAGUUCUACCGGGAGAACUACGUCUCCAGGCCCAGGAGGUGCGAGCUGGCGGCUGCCUUGAAUCUGCCGGAGACCACCAUCAAGUCUAAGGUUGAAGAGGGGAUGCGAACUUACCUGGGAGUAAGCCCUAUUGCUUCCGAAGGACUAUCCCCAGGAGUGAACGGUGUGGUUCCAGAAUCGCCGGAUGAAGGACAAGCGGCAGCGCCUGGCCAUGACUUGGCCCCACCCAGCGGACCCGGCCUUUUACACCUACAUGAUGAGCCACGCGGCGGCCACGGGCAACCUGCCCUACCCGUUCCCGUCCCACCUGCCCCUGCCCUACUACUCCCACAUGGGUCUGGGGGCCACCUCGGCCUCCUCCGCGGCCGCCGCCCCCUUCAGCUCCCCGCUGAGGCCGCUGGACACCUUCCGGGUCCUGUCGCACCCCUACCCCCGGCCGGAGCUGCUCUGCGCCUUCAGGCACCCCUCCCUCUACGCCGCCGGCCCGGCCCACGGACUCAGCGCCGCCGCCGCCGCCGCCGGGGGCAGCCCCUGCUCUUGCCUGGCGUGCCACGGGGCCCAGUCCAACGGGCUGCCCCAGCGGCCUUCGGGAUCGGACUUUACCUGCUCGGCCACCACCAGGACGGACUCUUUCCUCACCUUCACGCCCUCGGUGCUGAGCAAAGCCUCCUCGGUCGCGCUGGACCAGCGGGAGGAGGUCCCCUUGACCAGAUAGAAGCGUCAUCUCAGGGGGUCUCUUCUCCCCUCCCCUUCAAGAGACCCGCGGCCCGUCCUGGGACUGUCCUCUGGGGUAUCGUCCAUUGCGCGGAGCGGACUCCUGCAGGAGCGCAAACCAGACCCGAGGAGGAGCCGAAACGCAGCCGGGUCUCCCCAGGAUGGACCAUUGGACCCCCCCACCCCGUGCCAGUCCGUGGAAGUCUCCACUCCGGCCGAAACCCCAAACGACUGAUGGGCAGGGAGGACUUGGCCCCGUGGGCAGCUAUCAAGCAAAGACUGACAAACAUUAUUUGCACCGCAGGGCGGGGGGGGGGGGGGGAGAGCUGGGCCGUCUUUUUUCCUCCCUCUUGGAAGGACUUAUCUCAGCCUCAGCAGCGGGCGAGGGGGGGGCUCUCCUUCUCCAUCGAAAGCAGAUGCAUAAGCUUGUUAUGUGACUAAAAGGGAAAUCUGAAAUACUUGAAAGGAAGGCAUUGUCGAUCUUAACAAAAUGUAUGCUCGAUGAAAGUAAAGGUUUAUUCUCUGCCCGAUUAAAAAAGAAA